AAAUUAUAGCCAAGAUCUUUGACGAUGAAAAACUUUUUGCUGUCUGCCAGUCAGCUAUCGAAAUUCUGCUUAACCCUCAAGCAGGUGAGAUGCGCUCGAUGCAUUCAUAUCGCAACAAGGAAAAGUGCCGAGGAUGAUGGGAAUGAUGACCUAGGGUCAAGGGCGGACAGAAAAGGAAAGAAGAAAUCGGCAGUGGCAGCCAGUGACUUGCUUAAUGUCCUAUCGGAUCUCAGGGUCCAGAAGACUAGUGAUAAACAGAGCCUUGUGACCAGACGAAAAAAACUGUCAGCGGCUGCCAACUUCCAAAGAAUUGUCGACAGGGCCGGGAAAAGGCGAGAGGAUGGAGAAGGAAAAGAAGAAGAAGCUCAGAGUACAGAAGAAGAAAAGUUGCCAGGACUUCAAGAAAUCCAUGAAAUGACAAAGGAAGCAGUCAAGAAGGUGGCUGAGGUCUACCCAGAGAGGGCUCUAGUUGAGUCUGAACUACUAAAAGAGCUCCGGAGACACGAUGAGGCUACUGCUGCUGGAGAGAGGGGUGAUCCUGAAGGAAUCGAUUCGGUCCUCUCAGGAAUCCGCGUACAGCGACAGACCCGACAGGAGAAACGUCAGGAAGAACGAGACGGGAAGGGCCAACAAGGGAUGACUAACCAGUUUGACCUGACAUAUCCAUUAGAAGGGUCACUGCGGCCAGAGUUUGAGGACAGCGUUGAUAGGAGAAAAAUGGCUCGAGGAGAACCCUACCAGAGACAACGCAAGAGGACCCUGUUUGACCGUCAGCGUCUGAAUAUAUUUAGUCCUGUCUCAGAUACAGAAGGAUUAGAGGUGCAAGAAGAGAGGAAAACCAUCUGGGACCUGGAGCUUGAGAAACAGUUGAGGGCGCUGUCUUACUCAACGAUACACAACGGAUUCGAGGAAGCCAUGAAAUUGACAGAAGAAGGGAAACUCUGGAAGUAUCCCAUCGAUAAUGAGCAAGGGAUGGCUGAGGAGAAGAAGGUAGCUUUCCAUGAGCAUGUCUUCUUGGACCAUCUCCUGGAAGACUUCCCCCGGCGAGCCCAGGUCCUGGACUUCAUGGAACUGGUCCUGAUUGGACUCUCCAAGAACCCGUUCCUCACCGUGGCCCAGAAGCAUGACCACGUCGCCUGGUUCCGAGACUACUUCUGGCAGAAAGAGGACAUCUUUGUGAAGCUUGAGAAGGAGGAAAAAGUCAGCGCCAGUUAGUUUUAAAAACCGAAGCAGAGUGAUCUUUGAACCAAUUUUAGGCAUUAGCAGACGUGCCAACCGUUCCCUUUUUUAUAGUAUUUGUUCCUCUUUUUUGCUUUGAAUACGCCAAUACUCUUUUUGUAUGAUUUGUUACUUUUUUUUAAAUUUCUGAUCAUGGAGUAUGUAUUAUACACAGAUCGUGACACUAGCGCUGGCCCGACGGUCCCCGACCGGUAAAAAUCACUGUCGGGCCAGUACCGUGUUGCAUGAAAAGAACAAGUAAAUUCUUGCCUACGAGUACAUGUUUCAAAUGAUGAAUUAUCAAGUUUUCAAGUAGAGUCAUUUCACAUGUUUUUUCAUUGAUCUCACUACAACAGGCUGGCGAUAGUUACGUUGAGACAAAUUU